AUGAGUCAAGGACCUUCCGCUUAUUAUAUCCUCGAUCUGAAGGGAAAGAAUAUUAUUCAUCGCGAUUUUAGAGGAAACCUUCCACGGAACAUAAUCGAUAAAUUUGUGAGAAGAGUGAUCAAGGAAGAGGAUGAGAAUAUUCAGCCAGUGUUUGAAGAAGAUGGAUAUUCAUUUUGCUUUAUUCAAAAGAAGGACUUGUAUUUUGUCAUGGUUGCAAAUUGUAAUUGCAAUGCCAUGGAAAUGGUUUGUUUCCUCUAUGAAUCAUACAAAGUAUUUGAGGACUACUUUAAGGAAGUAGAAGAGGAGAGCAUCAAGGACAAUUUUGUUGUUGUUUACGAACUACUUGACGAGAUGAUGGACUUUGGAUAUCCACAAUCAACAGAGCCAAAGAUUUUGCAAGAAUUUAUCAAAAACGAAUCUCACAAGCUACAACAAAUGGAUACAUUCAAAUUUUGGACCGAGUUGAUGGGAUUGGCAGUAGACAAUGGAAACGGAGGACAAGCAAUCAAUCUUCAGCAAUUAACAGCUGGCUUACAAACUGGUCUGUCUAUGUUAACCAAACAAUUACAAAACAACUUGGAGAGUAUUACAAAAGGAAGUCAUGAUGUUGAAGAAAAUACCUCCAAAAUUACAAUCCCAAGAAAUUUCACACAAGCUAUUUCUUGGCGUAAGGAAGGAAUUCUCUACAAAAAAAACGAAUGCUUUUUGGAUGUGAUUGAAAGCGUGAAUAUUUUAGUUUCCAACUCUGGUACUACGCUUCGUUCACAAAUUGAAGGUCGGUUGAACAUGAGAGUAUUCUUGAGCGGAAUGCCUGAUUUGAAGCUCGGUCUAAAUGAUAAGGUUCUGUUCGAGAAUUUAGGAAAAGCUUCAAAGCGAUCGGUGGAUUUGGAAGAUGUAAAAUUCCAUCAAUGCGUGCGAUUGAACAAGUUCGAGACUGACAGAAUCAUUUCUUUUGUUCCUCCAGAUGGUGAAUUUGAUUUGAUGACCUAUAGAUUAUCAACAAGAAUCAAACCACUUAUUUUGGUAGAGUGUCAUGCGACCAUGCACGGCUCUACACGUGUAGAAUAUAGCAUUAAGGCGAAGGCUCAGUUUAAAAACAAGUCAACGGCCAACAAUGUGAAAAUAUUUAUACCUGUCCCUAAGGAUGCUGACUCCCCCAUUUUCAACAGUAUGGUUGGCCAUGGCGAUUAUGUACCAGAAGAGGAUUGUAUUUGCUGGACGAUCAAACAAUUUCCUGGUGGCAAAGAAUUUACAUGUCAUGCCGAGGUUGGAUUGCCAACAAUGUCAUCGGAAGAAUCGCAAGCAGAAUUGUCAGCAUUGGCAAAUACUUCUACUCGUUUUGCUGAGGCUCUUCACUUGGAUAAGCAGUCUGAAGAGAGUGAAUCUACUCCAAAGCUAAGAAGAAGCUUUGUAGAAUCACGUAAACGUCCAAUUCGUGUUGCAUUUGAAAUACCAUAUUUCACUGUCUCAGGUCUCCAAGUUCGAUACUUGAAGAUUAUGGACAAGACUGGUUAUUCUGCUCUUCCUUGGGUUAGGUAUAUCACCACAAGUGGAACCUAUGAAAUUAGACAAUAA